UGCCAUAAAAUAAAUCUCAAGUUUUACACAUUGAAAUAAUAAAAAAAGUUCAACAACAAAAGCAUUUCUUGGUACUAAUUCUCCAUAUUAUAAGAGAAACGUGUCAAGUCAGUAACUUAACCUGCUACAUUAAGUAACUGGAAAAAUAAAGAGCAAAAUAAAACCAAAGCAAGUCGGAGGAAUAAAUAGUGAAAAAUAAGAGCAGGAAAUAAGGAAAUUGAAGACAGAAAACAAAGAAAAUCUAUAAAAUCAAAAGCUAGUUCUUUGAGGACAUUAAGAAAAUUGGUAACUCUAGCCUAACUAAUCAAUAAUUUCCAAAGUCCUGUCACAAGACUGCUUAAUUUCCUAGAGCCAUCAGAAUCUAAGCAAGCGUCUGUGUACCCCCUUAUUGGGGCCGGCAGCCAUCUUUUCUAGUGCCUUGCUAGCUCAAAUCCCACCUCAUAAUGCUGGAGGACUGCAUCAAGCAGUAUGAAGUAAAAGGUUACGUGGUGAGUGCCAUUGGCUAGGUAAGCCUUUCUUUCCUCAUCUCAGGCUCCUUGUGAGUUACGAGGGGGUGCCGGUCCCUGCUGAUCUGAAGAGGAGGGACCGGACUCUGCAUCCAUCACCCUCGUAGGUAGCGAUCUGUGACAUUCUCAUGGGGUGGUCUGCGUCCAAGGCUGCCCUCGGGGCAACCACCGAUGAACCCACGGAGCCCGAGCCAAAACACCUAGCUGAUCUAAUACAGUACGUAAAUGAAACAAAUAUGAGUGUUGAACAUCUAGCUAAUGUUCUUUCUGAAAAAACUGGAAGCAGCAACUGGGUGGUGGUGUUCAAAGCUCUGGUUACUGUGCAUCACCUCAUGGUACAUGGAAAUGAGCGUUUUAUCCAACAUCUUGCAUCUCGAAACUCUUUGUUCACUUUACACAACUUCCUGGAUAAAAGUGUUAUAGAAGGCUAUACCAUGUCAACUUUCAUCAGACGAUACAGCAGAUAUUUGAAUGAAAAGUCACUUGCAUAUAGACUGAUCGCAUCUGAUAUCACAAAAACCAAGAGAGGGACAGAUGGUAUGAUGAGAACUAUGAAUACUAAAGAGCUGCUAAACAUACUUCCAGUUAUUCAAACCCAGUUUGAUGCACUUCUUAAUUUUAAUGCAAAUCCAGAUGAACUAACUAAUGGUAUAAUAUAUGCUGCUUUUAUGCUCCUUUUUAAAGAUUCUCUUCGUCUCUUUGCAGCCUAUAAUGAAGGGAUACUUAAUCUACUAGACAAGUAUUUUGACAUGAGGAAAAAUCAAUGCAAGGAAAGUUUGGAUAUUUACAUCAAGUUUCUUGGAAGAACAAGCAAACUGGCAGAGUUUCUGAAAGUUGCAGAGCAAGUUGGAAUUGACCAGAGUGACAUUCCAUAUCUUACUCAGGCACCUCAGAGUUUACUUGAAGCACUAAAACAGCAUUUAGCUUCUUUGGAAGACAAAAAUGACAUUUUACCUUCUUAUACGUUCCAACUCCAGUGGGAUCACCUUCCUAAGUGGUUUAUACCCAAGGAGGCUUACAGACCAGAAAUCCUUCUGUUCCAUGGCCUGGAUGUCAGAUGCAGUCCAUGUAGUACCAAAGCAAAAAGAUCCAGAGGUGAAUCAUCCACAUCUUCCAAACAAAAUAAACAUUCACUCAGACAUUCAGUACUCUUGAGAUUAUUCACUAUUGUGGAGGUUACGAACUCUAUUUCUCUUGUUUUAAUUGCUAUCUUUGAAACUUACCCUGCAAAUCUCAUAAAAACUGAAAUUAAUAUGUUAUUUCCACCUCCCAACUAAUGCAAGUAGCUUAGAACACCUUUUUAACUUCAAGGGUGCUCUCCUAACUUACAUACUAGAGUUGGUCAAUAUUUUAGCCUUGUCUUACUUUUUAGUUAAUAUUUAUAUUUAUAUAAACAGGUUUUAUCUAGAUUAUGGGUUUACAAAUUCAUUGCUCACUCUUCUUUUUUGCAUUAUUUCUCCCUUGAAGUACUUCUUUCCCUCUUUCGUUCUCUUUCUUUUCUUUUCUUUUUUCUUUCUUUCACAGGUAGAGAUACAGACAGUGCGAGAGAGAGAGAGAAAGGUCUUCCUUCCGUUGGUUCGCCCCCAAUGGCCGCCAUGGCCAGUGCUGCGCUGAUCUGAAGCCAGGAGCCAGGUGCUUCCUUCCGGUCUCCCAUGCAGGUACAGGAGCCCAAACACUUGGGCCAUCCUCUACUGCCCUCCUGGGCCACAGCAGAGAGCUGGACUGGAAGAGGAGCAACCGGGACUAGAACCUGGCGUCCAUAUGGGAUGCCGGCACAGUAGA